AUGAAUAUUAAAGAUCAAUUAAUUAGUUUCGGAUGGUCAAUAAAACUAGAUUUUUUCGAAAAAAAUGCACAACAAAUUGAUAUCAUUGAAAAACAAUUACUUGAUAGUGAUUUAAGAGAAAUUGGUGAAAAAUCUUUGCCUGAAAUAGCAAAGCUUGAUCAAACAACAAAACCAUAUAUUGUACAAUUACAUAAAACUCAAAAUGUAUCGGUAUCGAAAAAUAAGGAAAGAUCAUCGACUAGACCACAUCUUUAUCGAUUAACAAUAACUGAUGGACAUAUUUUUCAAAAUGCACUUAUUUUACCAUCACUUAAAAAUUUUAAUUUAGAUACACCACCUGGUGUUAAACUUUUAUUAAAACCACAAACAAAAAUUUCAAAUGGAUUUUAUAUACUAAAUGAUCAAACAUGUGAAUUACUUGGUGGAACAGUAAAUGAACUUGUUCAUGAAUGGAAAUUAAAUAAACUUAUGGAUACAAAUGUUCGAACAUUAAUUGGUGAAGGAACACCACCACCUUGGGUUCCAUUCAGUAUGACACAUGAAUUAGUGACAACAGUUGACACUUCUAAACGUUCGAUGGAUAUAGUUAAAAUGCAGGAAACUCAUGAAGAAGAUCCUGAAUAUGUUUGUCAACGUCGUGCAGUUAUUGAUAAUAUUAUUACUGGUCGUAUAUCGAAAAAACAAAGAAUUGAUAAACGAAAACUUAUCAACGGUAUAAAUAUAGGAAAAAUUUUUGAACUAGAAAGUCAACCAAUGGUAGAGGAAAGACCAAAAACAGCUUCUACGUCUUCGUUGUCAAUGUCGGUUAUUAAUGAACUGAUAAAUAUAGCAUCAUCGAUUGAACCACUUAAAGCUAGUAUUCGAUUAUCAAAACCGAGAAAAAAACAGGCUACAAGUAAAUCAAUUAAAAAGAGUAAAAAGCGAGCGCCAUCGACUCGUAAAAGAAUUGCUAAGCGUAAGCUUGACAAUGAUGAUAAUCGAUCAAAACGCGACAAUCGUACAGGAUGUAAACGACAACGUCGAGGACGUGCUGAUAGUGGACGCAAAAAGGCACGUCCAAAUGAAGAUAUUACUCCGAUUGAUUCUUUUGUUUGA